AUGCCUGACAAGGAACCUAUACUUCCUCCUCACAAGAACGGCAGUGCAGAGGUCACCACCACACAGCAGAGACAGGCGUCCUGUGGGCAGUGCAGAGGUCACCACCACACAGCAGAGACGGGCGUCCUGUGGGCAGUGCAGAGGUCACCACCACGCAGCAGAGACAGGCGUCCUGUGGGCGGUGCAGAGGUCACCCCACACAGCAGAGACAGGCGUCCUGUGGGUGAUACAGAGGUCACCACCACGCAGCAGAGACAGGCGUCCCCACGGGCAGUGCAGAGGUCACUACCACGCAGCAGAGACAGGCAUCCCCACAGGCAGUGCAGAGGUCACCAUCAUGCAGCAGAGACAGGCAUCCUGUGGGCGGUGCAGAGGUCACCACCACGCAGCAGAGACAGGCGUCCUGUGCUGCAGAGGUCACCACCACGCAGCAGAGACAGGCGUCCUGUGGGUGAUACAGAGGUCACCACCACGCAGCAGAGACAGGCGUCCCCACGGGCAGUGCAGAGGUCACUACCACGCAGCAGAGACAGGCGUCCCCACAGGCAGUGCAGAGGUCACCACCACGCAGCAGAGACAGGCGUCCCCACGGGCGGUGCAGAGGUCACCACCACGCAGCAGAGACAGGCGUCCUGUGGGCGGUGCAGAGGUCACCACCACGCAGCAGAGACAGGCGUCCUGUGGGCGGUGCAGAGGUCACCACCACGCAGCAGAGACAGGCGUCCCCACGGGCAGUGCAGAGGUCACCACCACGCAGCAGAGACAGGCGUCCUGUGGGCGGUGCAGAGGUCACCACCACGCAGCAGAGACAGGCGUCCUGUGGGUGAUACAGAGGUCACCACCACGCAAGGUCACUACCACGCAGCAGAGACAGGCGUCCCCACAGGCAGUGCAGAGGUCACCACCACGCAGCAGAGACAGGCGUCCUGUGGGCGGUGCAGAGGUCACCACCACGCAGCAGAGACAGGCGUCCUGUGGGCGGUGCAGAGGUCACCACCAUGCAGCAGAGACAGGCGUCCUGUGGGCGGUGCAGAGGUCACCCCACGCAGCAGAGACAGGCGUCCCGUGGGCGGUGCAGAGGUCACCACCACGCAGCAGAGACAGGCGUCCCCACGGGCGGUGCAGAGGUCACCACCACGCAGCAGAGACAGGCGUCCCCACGGGCAGUGCAGAGGUCACCACCACGCAGCAGAGACAGGCGUCCUGUGGGCGGUGCAGAGGUCACCACCAUGCAGCAGAGACAGGCGUCCCCACGGGCAGUCACCACCACGCAGCAGAGACAGGCGUCCUGUGGGCGGUGCAGAGGUCACCACCACGCAGCAGAGACAGGCGUCCCCACGGGCAGUGCAGAGGUCACCACCACGCAGCAGAGACAGGCGUCCCCACGGGCGGUGCAGAGGUCACCACCACGCAGCAGAGACAGGCGUCCCCACGGGCGGUGCAGAGGUCACCACCACGCAGCAGAGACAGGCGUCCUGUGGGCGGUGCAGAGGUCACCACCACGCAGCAGAGACAGGCGUCCUGUGGGCGGUGCAGAGGUCACCACCACGCAGCAGAGACAGGCGUCCCCACGGGCGGUGCAGAGGUCACCACCACGCAGCAGAGACAGGCGUCCUGUGGGCGGUGCAGAGGUCACCACCACGCAGCAGAGACAGGCGUCCUGUGGGCGGUGCAGAGGUCACCACACUGAGCCAGACUGUCUUCGGCCUUCCCUGGGUUGAGCACCAGAUGAAAACCAUGUGCUUUGAGCCCUGGAAAGACAAUCAGCCCAGCCAGAGCCUGAAACAGGCAGCCCCCAGGGUGCAGCUGCAGGAAGCUGCAUCCUCUCGUGGGCUCCAGCAAGGCGGGGGACGCUGUGUUCCCUCAGUGGCUUCUUGGUGCCCCUUGAUGUCCAGGAGUGUGAGGUGA